AUCCAGACUCAUCGCAAGGUCAGGCUGCGAAGACUCAAUUGGCAUCUCCUCCAAGGUUAUUUGCUUUAGUCCAGAAGUGCGGAGACGUGAAUUAAUUUAAUCGCGGUGGCAACAAGGCGUGGCCUUGCUUACGAGCAAAUGUUACGGAUCUGCUUGAGUCACUGCCGGCGAAGGACCUCCAUUGUGAGUUUCGGAAGUUGGCGGAGCCGGUGGGCGCAGCGAGCGCGCUUUUCCGCCUCUGCUUGUGUCAUGGAGCCUCGCCUCCGUUUUUCUCCGCCCGACCACAGCCUUUUCGAUCAGCCGCUGGCCAUCUCGGUGGAAGGGCUCCGGCCCGAGCAGGAGAUCGGGCUCCGCGCGUCGCUGGAGGAUGAGAGGGGGGAGCGCUUCGAGUCGCACGCCUUCUACCGAGCAGACGACGAGGGGCGCCUGGAUCUGCAGCGCUCGCCGGCUCUCGAAGGCGGCACCUUCUCGGGUUUGGAGCCGAUGGGCCUGCUGUGGUCUCUGCAGCCGCUAAAACCCCACAGGCGCCUGGUGAAGCACGACGUCGAGCGCCCCUUUCGCCUGGAGCUGGAGGUGUUGGAAAGGCUAGGAGCGUCUCUGCCUGGUCGCGUCCUGGCCAAGAGCUCCCACGAGCGGAGAUUCCUGGGCGACGGGGUGAAGAGACUCCCGGUGCGGGAAGGGAAUAUCCGGGCCGUUCUUUUCCAGCCUCCCGGUGAAGGCCCUUUUCCAGGUAUCAUUCAGAUACCUGGAACUGGAGGAGGGGUUCCAGAAAGUUCAGCAUGUCUGAUAGCAAAUCAUGGCUUUGCCGUAUUAGCUUUGGCCUAUUAUGGGUAUGAAGAUCUUCCUAAGGACAUGGAGGAAUUGCGUCUGGAGUACUUUGAAGAAGCUGUCAAUUAUAUGCUAAAACACCCAGUGGUUAAAGGUCCAGGAAUUGGGGUGUUGGGACACUCCAAAGGGGGUGACCUCUGUAUUUCCAUGGCCUCAUUUUUAAAAGGCAUCACAGCAAUAGUCACGAUUAAUGGUUCUAUAGCCAAUGUAGCUACAACAGUACGCUAUAAGGAUAUCGCUAUCCCACCUCUUGGCAUGGAUACAAAUCGAGUCAAAAUUGAUCAGAAUGGGAUCGUCGACAUUAUUGAUGUCCUGAACAACCCACUUGAGGGUCCUGACCGCCAAAGCUUAAUUCCGUUGGAGAAAGCUGAGGGACGCUUUCUUUUUAUUGUGGGCUUAGACGAUCAUAAUUGGAAGAGCGAAUUUUUUGCCAAUGAAGCUGCCAAACGUUUACAAGCUCACGGAAAAGAUAAACCUGGAAUCAUUUGCUAUCCUGAAGCAGGCCAUUACAUUGAACCCCCUUAUACACCACUGUGCCCUACUUCAGUCCACUUUUUGGUGGGCAAAACAGUAGUUUGGGGAGGGGAACCUAGAGCACAUGCAGCAGCGCAGGUGGAUGCUUGGAAGCAGAUUCAAGACUUCUUUCAUGAAACCCUCAAUGACCACAAGAGCAAACUCUGAAUGAAUUGGCUACGAGCUGGGUUGCAGCAUACUGGAGACGGGAGAAUAAUGCGGUGAAUGGAUAUGAAAUGGGGGCAAGAAGAAGAAAACUCGGAGGUGAUAAAUCCCAUUUGAACAUUGUUUAUCUAUGUCUUCAGAUAUUGUUUCUGCAUUCUGAAUUAAAAUCCUGAAGACUAGGAUCUGCAUUCAGGCAAGAGCACCAGAUGGUGGCCACGACAGUAUGAUUUUGAUUAAAUGGUUUAUUUAAAUCUACAGGGCCACCCCUCUGACCACAGCAACCCUGGGUUGUGAGCAAAGAUUAAAUGGAAACCGCCCCAGAAAACCUUAAGACAAGGGUCUUCAAACUUGGCAAGUUUAAGACUUGUGGACUUCAACUCCCAGAAUUCCUGAGCUGACAUAACUGGAGGAGGAAUUCUGGGAGUUGAAGUCAAGUCUUAAAGCUGCCAAGUGUGAAGAGCCUUGCUUUAAGACAUGUAAUGCUAAACAUACAAUUCAAAUACAAACACCACAGAGGAAAAGUCCUGGGAUCCAUUGGGGUGGGAGGGAGGAGACCGUAUGUACACAAUCAGGAUCAAAGCCCCAGCCACCUCCUCAUUCCACAUGACGACUAAAUUCUUCAGCUCGAUUGCACCCGACCUUCAGGAAUAACCAGAAGCUCCCUUUGGAGCCCCAGCUAGGCUUGAAUGAGGAACAGCAUUCAAGCACUGAGCCCACGUUCUCUGAGAGUGACCCGCCCCUGGGCUCUUGUGCCUGCCUGCACUUGUCAAGGCGUUACAGGUAGUCCUCAACUUUUGACCACAAUUGAGACCAACAUUUCUGUUGCAAGACCCGUUGUUAAAUGAAUUUGCCCCGUUUUAUGACUUUUC